AUGGCCGACAUUGGACGAAGUGGAAUUGAAGCAGAUUUUAUGUAUGGUAGUAAUGUUGCAUCAUGUCAUGUUUAUAUUCGUAUGCAAUUUUUACGCAAGGUUUAUGGUAUUGUUGCAACUCAACUUUGUUUUGUUGCAUUAGUAUCAGCAAUAAUGAUGUCAUUUGAAAAUGUUAAAUUAUUUUUUCAAACAAAUCCAAGUUGUCUUUUAUUUAUGUUUUUAGCAACAAUGAUUAGUUUAUUUGCUGUUUACGCAAAACGUUUAGAAUAUCCAACAAAUUUUAUUUUACUUGGAUUAUUUACUUUAUUUGAAUCAGUUACAAUUGGAACAUUUGUAUCAUUUUUUGAUAAAAUAUUAGUUAUUCAAGCUAUUCUUAUAACAGCUGCUAUUGUUAUUGGUUUAACAAUCUAUACAUUCCAAACAAAAAGAGAUUUUUCAGCUAUGGGUGCUAGUUUAUUUGCAUUAUUAUGUGUAUUAAUUGCUGGUGGAAUACUUCAAAUGUUUAUUCGUAGUCCAGUAAUGGAAUUAUGUUUGGCUUUAGGUGGUGCAUUUAUAUUUAGUCUCUAUUUAGUUUUUGAUACACAAAGAAUAAUGCGUAAAACUUCACCAGAAGAAUAUAUUGAUGCAGCUAUACAAAUUUAUCUUGAUAUAACACGUUUAUUUAUUGAAAUUUUACGUAUACUUGAAGCAGCUCGAAACAAUUAG